AGGCUUUGCCUUCACUUGGAUGCAUCACGCGUUGUUGGAGAGUCAGAGAAGAUCUCGCUGCACCUCUUACAUUUACUCAACAGAUCAAUAACCCACCUCGAGCAGCCAUGAAGGACGUAAUGGAAGCCAUGGAGACACUGAUAGAUCUCUUCAAUGAGUACAGCGGCGAGGACGACCUUUUGAGCACGACGGAGUUGGAGAAACUGGUGGAGGAGGGUCUCAAGGGAAGUGACCUUGAGGACAAACUCGAUAUGGCCGAGGUCACUGAGGUCUUUGGUCAACUGGACAAGAACGCAGACAACCAGCUCGACUUCCAGGAGUUCAUCAAAUGCAUCGGCUUGCUGGCUACAAAGUCCCGCAAAAAGCGCGGAGGCCGGCGUGGAGGCAAAGGGGGCAAAGGGGGUCGGGGUGGAAAAGGAGGCAAGGGAAAGGGGGGGAGAAGAGGGGGACACGGCAAGGGCAGUGAUGAUGAAGAUGAUGAAUGAUCUAUCUUAUGAUUUCUCUCAAACUGUCAUGUGUGGAUCCGCCAUUAACAUGUAAUUAUGACACUUUGUACGCAACCUUGGCAUGACGUCAAUUUUUUUUUUUUUUUUUUUGAAUAAAGCAAUGAAAACUUAUAUUAAGUGUAAUCCUGUCUCUUUAUUUACCAUUCGACUGAAAAAAGACUUUGAUCGGCAAAACGCCACUGCCAAAACAAGAUUCAUGGGAUCGUCUGCAUGUUUACCCUUUCCUACCUUUUUUUAUAGGAGGCGACCUAUCAGUCUGCAUUGCAU